AUGAUUAUCACAAUUGCGCCGGAAAUAUUUCAGGAACCUACACGCUCCAAUAGUGAUUUGAUAUUGAAUCGUGUGUGCCAAUUAAUCAGUCAAGUUUUAUCACGUGUUACAGUGCCACCUGGUUGCUUUCAAUUCAUAGUCGAUAUGUGCUCGUCUGAUUUGAAUUCUGUUACCCACUUUCCCAUCAUUACCGCAGCGCUGGGUAUUUUGUUGGCAUUGCUGCGCUCAGAACUUGACACAGAUCGUAAUCCACAAAAGGUGACGCGCCUCACACGUGCUCUUCUCACCGAUCCCAGCUUUCAGUUUGCCAAUUUGGAGUUCGCUUUAGGUGAAAUAAAAACCCCAAUAUUACAACAAGCUGAAAUACCGCGUGGUAAUUUUGAUCCGCAAACUCGCGCACACAUCGAUCCCCUAACAAAUGAUGUACGCGUACCAAUGCCAUCGACAUCAACGAAAAGAAUACGCGCCGAUCCACCAAUAAUAAAAUUUGCGCUCUCUGAUUAUCCCACGCAUGUAACUCCGCUGGAAAUUGAUGAGGUACGCCGCCUCAUCGAUAUGCUACGCUUAAAGCAAUCACUGCUUUCAGACAUUACACUGCCUUCCGAGGACUCACUCUGUCCAAUAUGUUGCGCUAAACCAAUUGCCGUUAUUUUCACGCCCUGCAAACAUCAAUCGUGUAGCAAUUGUAUUAUGCAACAUUUAAUGAACUCGAAAGUGUGCUUCUACUGCAAGACACUUAUCAAAACUAUCGAAACCAACGAAGGCACAGUCAUUUAUAACAACAACGAAUAUACAUCAGCGCCCACAUUCUAUGAGAUUUAGUUAGUUUGUGCGCCAACUACUACUACACACACACACACACACACACACACAUACAUCAAACAACUGUAACCCACCUUGAUUCUAGUCAAACCAUUGUGACAUCUUUAACUAAAUUGUAUUACUACAUACAUACAACUAAACUGCCUAAAAUUAUAUCCUUGAAAAUGUUUACCAAAGUUACAAAUUUUACAAAAAUGAAAAAAGAGAUGCAUUUGUUUUAGCUUUAAAUAUUAUUGUGAUACGCCUUAUUGUUCGAACAAACACACUUACACUUGCCACACAAAGACGCAAGCACGCUUCGCGAAUGCAAUUAAAGCAGUUUCAAUUUGUUUUACUGCACUUUAAUAGCACGUUCAAGAGCAAUUUAUAUAAGCAAUUUUAAAGACAUUUUUAUAUUUUAUUAUCAUUGCAAGCCAAUUAGCAAAAUUCAAAAU